AUGUCUACCACAGUAAACACUUGGGCUCUGCUGCACACACUCCGGUGGGUGCGCUGGCAGCGCACACCCUUCCCACCGCUGCCUUCCCAAACUCCGGCCGCCCGACAGCCCGCACUCCGGGGAGCCCCGCUGGGUCCCGAACGGGACGGGCACCGCACGGCCGGGGGUUAUCAGCCACCUGCCCGGGGGAGGCCGCGCACCGCUCGCUGCCCCAGCGGGACCGCCCGACAGCCGGCGGCACACCGAGCGCUGCUCCGGGCUGCGGGGCGAGCCUGCACAGGACGGCACCGCCUGCGGUGCCCGAGCCCCCCGACCCCGGCGCGCACGGCUGCUCGAGGGGCGCAGCAGCGCUCGGGAGCGGCAGCGGCCGCUCCUCCGAGUCCCGCUGGGAGCGGGGCAGCCCCGCCGCGGUACGCGGAGCCCUCCGGCGGCCGCCGCCGCUGCCACAGCCUCAGCCCCUCGCCCCGGCUGCGGCUCCUCAGCCGCUCCCCAGCGGGGACCGUCCGCACAACUUUCCCCCGGCGAGCCCCGCUGCGCUGCCGCCCCGGGCUGCGCCGCUCGCCUCUCCCCGCCGCUCACACCCGCGCACGCCGGGGAGGACAAGCGCCCAAAGCUCCUCAGACCCGCCCGAACCGGCGCUACUCCUCCUUCCUACCUGCCCGCUUGCCGGCGACCCCACACCCGCUCCGCGCCGAGCGCUCCCUGCGACGCCCAGGUGGCGUUAGGAGCGCGCUUCCCACGGGCGGCGCGCCCCCGGCGGCCGGAACAUCCCCCGCCGGGAGGAGGGCGCUCCGCACCCGCCCGCCACACCGCCGGCACCGCCGCACCUGUGCUCGGGCAGCGGCGCCGCCCCUUCAGUGCCGGCCCCCGGGUGGGCGGGGGCGCGCCGGGACCGCUCGCCCCUCGCCGCCGCCGCCCGCCCGGUGCCGCCGCCGCUCGGGGGACAGGCGGCCCCGCCGCCCGCUCAUUGGCCCCGCCGCCGUGAGCUCACGGCACCGCCCCGCCCGCGGACCCCGGCCCGCCGCCGCCCCGGGGCUGCGCGCUGCCGGACAGCGCCCGGCCGCACCGCCGGGUCCGAGCUGGGCCCGCCGGCCGCCCCGAACUGCUGUGGGCAGCGCGGCGGGGACGGCCAGAGGAGUCUGCCCACGGCCCCCGCCCCGGGAGGCAGCGAGUUAAAAGCAGGGGCUUGCCAAAGGCGUCCCUCGCCCGUGCCAACUACCUGCGAAGUAGCGAGGACUCACAGAAGACGAGGUUUUCUAUUGGAAUAAGAAGGAAAUCUGGCAUCAUAAGUUGCACAUCUCUCAACAUUUUAAUUUAUUUUUCCUCUCACUGAACAAUAUAAAAUGUGGGAUGCCCUGGAGGAUCAACACCAAGUCACCAUGAGCAUGCCAGCCCUCACAGAGAACAGUGCUGCAUGAAAGGUGGGGAUGUACAAGUAAGCACCAUGCAGCUGGAUGACUGGACAAAUGAUGGACAGCACACUCUUUUGUUGAGGACCACUGAAAUGUUGAGUCUGCAUCCUUGAACUACUUUGCAUUUUGUGCCUGUGUUCACGGCACUUCUGUUCCCAGAAUAUGUGCAUUCAUCCUCUGGAUACUCUGUGGUUGUGUAUUUGCAGAUAAGAUACAAAAAGUUCAUUAAGAAAUCAACUGAGUUAUCCUUGAAGCACCUUCUUGGGUGACAUCACUUCCUUGUCUAUGGUUUCAUUCAUCACAUGGAAUCAGGAAUCAUGUAGUUUCAUUCAGAAGAACAGAUGAUAAAGAUCAUCUUUUACUUUUUGCUCCUGUCUAUUUUGCUCUCCUGGAACAGCAGAUCCUCACAUCUAUAAUUGUUAGGAACUUCUAAUUUUAAGCCUUAAUUUAUUUCUGAGUACUUUAUUCCCAUUCAUCUUGCCUGAUGAUACUAACCUGACUUGAGCUAGCUCACCAUUCUCUUGUGUUUUAAUAUCUUUAUAAUGUUCCCUCCAUACUUUUGCUAUUCUAAACCUGUGCUUUCAUAAUCUUAUUUUGUAGAUGGAGUCCUUCUCUUUUCCACUUAUCCAAUCUGCAUUCUCUGGUUUGGUUUUUUUUUGGGUUUUUUGUGUGGGGUUUUUUUUGUUUAUUUUUGUUUUUGUUUUUUUUUUUUUUUAAUUUUCUUCAGUAUAGGUGAAAUUAUAUACCAGGUUUCGACGAGGUGCUAAAUACAUCCAGUUAGAAGGAGCUCAGAGUGGUGAGAGUGCCCUGGACUGUAAGCAAGUGUCUACUCUGCUGCUCCCACAGCUCAAUCACAUCGCUAGCUAAUAGUUACCUUCUGGCCAAAUAGUAUCGACAAAUAUUUCUUUUGCUUCUUUUGUUUCCAAAUGAUAACGCCCAGCUCACAACAGAACUUCCUGUAUUUAGCUUCUAUGUGUACUAUUCUGUUUUGCCUCACUGUAUGUCUCUGUUUGUGCCUUACUGUGACUAUGGGCCGUUUGUGACCUUUUUGGGUUUUUUUGGUCCAAUGACCAGAUACUCAUCUGUCGCCCCUGGCAGAACCUCUAAACUUUGUCUCACCAAGAUCCUCAGCUGGCAGAUGCCUCGCUUUGGCCAAGGCCAAGUAACUGCUGCUCCAAGAGGAAUUUCACCAGCAGUAUGCAUCUAGCCUGCAGAUUUGUCAACACAACACACCUCAUUGUCUCCUCUUUGUCCAGUGCCCUACUGUAUUGACAUUCUUUUACUAAUCCUCAUCCUCUUCAGCUUAACUAACAGUUUCCCCUGUGUCACUGUGCCAAAAGCCUUAGUGAGUGCCAAAUAGAUCAAGUCUGGAGAAUUACCCUUGUCAAGAAAAUUAUCUUGUCUAAAGAAAGGGAUCAAGUUAGGCACAGUCUACUAAAAUUGCCUUUUAUCCAAUUUUCAUCAUGUAAAUCAGUGCAAACCACACACCAUUCCAUAAACUCAGGUGAUCCUUGUAGUAUAAACAAAAUAAAAGUCGUGUUAAUGGCUGAUGAUCAGGGUCACACUAAAGCCAGCAACUAAGCAUAGCUGAAACAAUGAGACAAAAUUUGUGCCAUUUUCUGAAUAUGGUUUCAUUCACAUUUCAUAAUGGUUUCAGAAAAUGUCCAACAAACGUGAUGGUGGUCCAAAAUUUUCCAAAUUGAUAAUUUCAAACAUUGUUGAAUAUAACAUCUGACAGUUUAUUUGUCAGGAAAACAAAUACAGAAAAUCAUGUUCAAGCAGAAAAGCAUGUUCAGAUGGGGCCUCGUCUAUUUAAAGCUGGUCUAGUCAAGACAGCACUUCAAGUUCUAGGCCAAAUAACAUAUCCAUUUAAUUCUUGUAACACUUUGAUUUCACAUAAUGUAAAUACUUCCAAAACAAUUAAUUAAUAUUUUGAAGACAUUUGUAAGCUUUACAUCAUUACUUCCUAAUUGUGAAAUGCAUGCAGUAGCAAUAGCAGAUCUAACAAUGAGGUAAGUAGAAAUGAAGGGUUUUUUUUAACCUGAUACAAAAAAAAUACAUUUAUGGCUUACCUCCCCUGACACGUGGUAAUGCCCAGCAGAAGUAUAAAUUGAGUGUACGCUAAUUUUAACAGCAGUUAUUUCCUUUAAAGCAGCUUUUCCAUAGCUGAUUUUCAGUAUUAUGAAUCCUCAUCCUCUUUACCUUUCUUGUUUUAAGCUUCCCCCUCUUUCUGUGCUGGGAAGAGACUCUUAGGGAUGCCCCACUUCAGUCUGGGCAGAACAUCUUCUGCAGGAUGGGUGAGAGGAAACUGCAGGAGGACAGACUCCAGUGGCUUGAUGGGGGAUUGGGCUGUCGAGCUGAAAGGAUGGGAGUCUGUGGCACCCUCAGUGUCCCUUGCACACACAGAUUAAUUUCUGUCCUUAACCAGGCUGUGCUGCCAAAAUACAAUCAGCAUAGGGAUUAGCUCUGCAUGAGCCCAACAGCUUCAUGAUAGGAUCCAGCAUUUCUUUCCUUCUUUAUAUGUGGGUUCUGUGGGUUUUUUCUCCUAUACUUUUUAUUUUCUGCCAAUGGGACCAUUUUCUCAUAAUGAGACCCAUAUCCCUGCAUAUGCCAUAGCUCCAGUCCAUAAUUGUUCAGGGUCAAAAAAAAGAGUAGAAUAAAUAAACGAGUGUGAAGAGAAGGACUGUAUAGUUAUACUUGAGAAAAGGUGAUCUGACUGUUUUCAAAAGCAGCUAGAAACAUUUGCAGUUAAGGUGAGGGAAGUUUGCAGUCAAAGUAGUUAGAAAUUGGCAAGUAACUUUGUUACAAACACUUUCCAAGGGGUCAGAUUUCUCUCAGGUAAUGGGAUCCAGAAUGUUUUCAGUAGUUAAAAUUUUUAUAAGUUAGGUGGGGAAAUAAAAAUAAUUUGCUAUUUAACUUGAAUACAAAACUAAAUUUGUGAAAUACUAGCAAUUUGAUCUUCUAGGCAGAUAUUCAGAGUUACUAAAAGCACUAAUAAAGUAUAUAUCAACCCCUAGACUGCACAAAAUACUGAAGCACACAAAAUAAAGAAAACAAGUUUAAUGAGGUAGGAAGGCUCUCAGUGUCAAUGCAGAAAUGAAAAAAAUAGAUCAGCAUUGGAGUCUCUAAUCAUCUGUUGCAAAGCGAGUAUGCACAGGCUGCUUAGAAAAUAAAUGAUACACUCAAAGCCUGUAGAGGAAUGCUAUUCCCAAGAAAAACACUUCUUUUUCACAUGUAAUCCCACCACAGCACUUCUCUGCUACACGAGCUGUAAAAGGUACAGAUCUGAUAUGUCAUUAUGCAGUUGCAGCACGCUUAAACAUUUCUGGUUACUGCAGACUGAGAGCUAUUUAAUACCACAGAAGAAAAAAAUAUAGAGUUGAAAAAAUAGAAUGUCACUGUAGUAAAAGACAGAUCAGUAACUCUGUUAUGACUCAGUAGCUCACAAUAAAUUAUUUAAACAACUUGAGCUCAAGAAUGACCUUUCAGCCAUCUCAAGGCAGAAAAAAUAUUUUCCUUUCUUAACCUCCACAAUUCAAAUCCCGCUUCUUCCAUCAAAAUCAGAGGACCAAGAUGUGGGAACUCGGUCAUUAAUCUCAGACUGUGAAGCCCUGAAACACCAUCAAUCAGGUGUAGAUGGUGACGUGGUAAUGGAACGACUGGGAGAGGGUCUGCUGGGCAGAAACCAGAGGCACAUCAUAUUGCUUAUCAUAAAUUUCUAAGCAUUUAUGACAGAAUAUUUAAAAAUGAUAAAUCCUUCAGUUUUGUAAGACUCAGUCCUUGAAGCACAUACUUUAAUUGGUUCUAAGUUAUAAAAAUAAACUUUAGGUACAUAUUAUUCCAGUGCAUUUUACGGACAUCCAAUGCACAUCGGAAAUUUGUAGGUCAAGCACCAUUAGCUCAGAGUGUCUAGACAGCUGCAUCCUUUUCUACUUUCUUUAAUCCUUUAAUAUUCCUCAUCAUUCUCCCAUACUGAACCCUCCCUCAGAACCUGCCUUAACUCCUCUCCUCACCAGGAAUUAUAACUACCCCUGUCUGGCCCUGGCGUCGUGCCUUUUGCCCCUUGUUACUGCCGUGUUCCAGUUCACUCCAAAUACAGUGUACC